AAGCGAGUCAAAAGACAGUCAGAUGAGUACAAAAAGAGUGAAAGUACAAGAAAAGGAAUAUCAUAAUAUCAGUCCUACGGCAGUAACCACCAGUCCUACGACAGUAACCUCCACAACUAUGACAGAAUCCACCAGUCCUACGACAGUAACCUCCACAACUAUGACAGAAACCACCAGUCCUACGACCGAAACCACCAGUCCUACGACAGAAUCCACCAGUCCUACGACAGUAACCACCAGCCGUACGACAGUAACCUCCACAACUAUGACAGAAUCCACCAGUCCUACGACAGAAACCACCAGUCCUACGACAGAAACCACCAUUCCUACGACAGUAACCAACAGUCCUACGACAGCAACCACCAGUCCUACGACAGAAACCACCAGUCCUAAGGCACCUACAACCAGUCCUACGACAGAAACCACCAGUCCUACGACAGCAACCACAAGUCCUACGACAGUAACCACCAGUCCUACGACAGAAAUCACCAGUCCUACGACAGCAACCACCAGUCCUACAACGGUGACCACCGCAAAUCCGUUAGAAUGUGGAGUUGUAAACAUCACGAACGGACCUCAUAUAGAAAAUAACACGAUGGGCGCGAACGUUAUUGUAAAAUGUAACUACGGGUAUAAACCGACCGAGAAUCAGACAAUCACCUGCCAGAAAAAUGGAACGUGGUCAUGGCACACAGCAUGUGAAUCUAUCGAUUGCCGAACACCAUCCCCUAUCGUCUUCGGUAACAUGAAGAUCAACUCAGCAUACUUAAACGGAACGACUGAGAUCACGUGCUUCCCAGGUUUCAAUAUAACUGGUGGUAAAACCAGUACGUGUCAAGAAAACGGAAACUGGACUUAUCCACCCAUGUGAGAGAUGAUAAAUUGUUCAGUACCCGUUCUUGUAAACGGAAGUGUGAACAUCAACAAUCCAGUUCCUGCGAAUUCAACAGUAGCGUUCACUUGCAAACCAGGAUUUUCCAUGGAAGGGAAUUCAACAGCUUUAUGUAACACCACCGGGCGAUUUGACAG